AUGUUGAUCUCUCUGAUUUAUGUACGCUUUGAUAGGCUAGAAGCAAGAACAAUGGCUGAAGUCUGUAGUAGAUACAAAUCAGAUGUUUCUAGUAUAAGUUAUAGCUUCUCUGGAAAACCACCUUAUCCAGAUCAGCAAGGAACAUGCACACAGUAUAGAUACGAUAAAGAAUCUGAUGAUAAUAAAGGACUCAAGGAACUCAAUUAUAUGCGCUGGCUUGUUGGAUUUAAUACGCCUGUUACUCUUGAUUCUAGAUAUGAUUAUGAACAAGUUCAGUGCGCAAUUUGUAACGUCAAGAAUAGAAGAUUAAAUCAUAGACCUAGUACUAGUACACCAUGCUAUUCAACUGCAGCAUAUGCUGGAUGUUCAACUUCAAACCUGGGGGCAGGUUAUGGCUCUUUUGAUGCUGCAAGAGCAGUGCAACAAUUCAUUCAAGAUCCAGGUGUUUAUAAUGAAAAUUUGGGACAUAGACGAUGGGUGUUUUCCGAAGGACUUACGUCAACAGCAUUCGGAGGUGCUUAUAACUCUGUAUCAAGUUAUCAACAAGGUUUCACAAAUAGUGUUGCAAUGAAGACUACUAUGAAAUUUGGUGAAGGCACACUCUUAUUCACUGCAUAUCCAUCACCUGGCUAUUUCCCUGCAAGAUUUAUUUAUAAUAGAUUCAGUUUUUGGGCACCUGGAAUUCGUGAAAGAGGACCAUUACAAAUAUCUGUAAGUAUCGAUGGAGAACCUCAGAGAAUUGGUGCUAUUGUAUACACAACCGGUAAUUAUGGCGGAAAUCAACGUGGAGCAAUGUUUAAUCUUACUAGCUAUCCUGAAGACAGGUUGUAUCAAACAGAUUACCAAAAAUUGAUCGGAAGGAGAAUAGAUGUUCAGGUUGAAUAUAAUUAUAAUGUCUAUGAGUAUACAAUCUUACCAGUUGAUUGUGAUUCUGCAGAAAUUUCCACUCCAACACCAAACACACCAAUUCCAAUCACUCCUGUCCAAAAUACACCAACAACGAAACCCAAUAUAACAGAUCCUCCUUCAGACCAUGCAGAUAUGCCUCAAACAAAUACAAUGCAACCUGACUCUACUAUUCCCACAUCUGAAAACAAAAAUCAAGGAAAUGAAACCGGAAAUCAAGUAAGUAACAAUGGUUCAGAUAAUGGCAUGAAGAAAAAGCUAAUAAUAGGAAUUGUAGUAGGCUUGGUAUUAGUAGUUAUCAUAAUUGUGGUUGCAAUAAUUGUUAUCAAGAAAGCUUCAUCCAGCCAAAACAACAAUGAAGUUGAGAAGACCGAAGAAAUUUCCACAUUCAGUAUUUAA